UCUUCUCACAUCUUUUUUAUUUCAAGAAGACGAAAUUGAUUCCAAAAAACAAAAAAAAAGAUUUUGGGUUCAUCCAUACCUUCGCAAAAGAAAUGAAAGUGGUGCAUUCGUGUCAGUGUUUGGGGAAAUUGAGGCUAUCAGUGACCCUUUGUUGUUCUUAAAAUAUUUGAGGACUACUUCUGCACAGCUGGAAGAACUUCUGCUUCUUGUUGGUCCUCAAAUAAAAAAGGAAUAUGUCACACGAGAACCUAUAUGUCCGGAAAUGCGCUUAGUCAUUACUCUUCGUUAUUUGGCAACUGGGGAAUCUCAACAGAGCUUAGGGAUUUGUUACAAGUGUUCGGCUUCUGUCGUUCAUAAUAUUCUUUUCGAAACAACUGAAGUCAUCACUAGAGCUUUUUGGAAAAAGGUUUUUCCAAGUUUGGAAAACACUACUUUCUUAAGAGUAGCAAAGGGCUUCGAAGAUAAGUGGAACUUCCCAAAUUGCAUAGGCGCCCUCGAUGGAAAACAUAUUAUGAUUCAGUCUCCACAACACUCUGGGUCAGAGUUUUUUAACUACAAGAAACACUACUCAAUAGUUUUAAUGGCAUUGUGCGAUGCCGAUUAUGCAUUCUUGAUGUGUGACGUAGGAGCGGCAGGAAGGCAGAGUGAUGGUGGAAUAUUUAAGAACUCUGAGUUCGGAAAAAAGUUUUACUCCAACUCCAUACAGAUUCCGCCACCCCGAGAUGUUACGGACAAUUUUCAAUGUGUUCCCUACGUCAUUGUAGCCGACGAUGCCUUCACAUUAACAGAAAACAUGUUGAAGCCAUACAGCAAGAGGAACCUUACUGUGGAAGAAAGAAUUUUCAACUAUCGUCUGAGCAGAGCCAGAAGAGUAAUCGAAAACUCUUUCGGAAUUCUUGUUGCGAAAUGGAGGAUUUUCCGUACGUCGAUUAAUGCUGGCUUGAGUCUUAUUGAACAAAUUGUUCAAUGUUGCGUCUGCCUACAUAACUGGCUACGGCACCACAAGGGGAACCAGUAUAUCGAACCUGGUUUAAUCGAUCUGGAUAUUGAAGGCAGAGAAACAAGAGGAAGUUGGAGAUUAGAGCCUACUAAUAUGGAACGUCUUCGCCCACUUACAGGGAACUCAGCAACAGCAGCAAAGCUACUACGAAACAGGUUCGCAAAGUAUUUUGCUGGAGAAGGUGCUGUCAGCUGGCAAUGUGAAAGGAUAUAAACGCUCGCGGUUCUUCAACAUUUUCAGCUCUCAGCUCGGAGCCGGAGCUCUUUAUUUAAUAUUAAUUUUAUGCAAAAAAAAAGGGUUAACAAU